AUGGCUGGAGUCAGAGAGAGUCUUUUCUCUACCAUAAAAUGUUCGCUGUGCAAUGCGGAUGUCGAGAUUUCCUUAAUGGGGGAUCAUGCCUGUAUGUCUGCAGCAGAAGGUAAUAGGAAACCGAACCAGCGAAAGUGCGGGGAGCUUUUUACGCUCACGUCUUUCACUUGAUUUUCAUGAAGUCCUCGGGGGGAUUGAUGGCUAAUACUUUGCAGAAUCAAAGCUUGACGAUUUCCCAUUGCUCAAGCCAAAGCCGGCGAAAGGCUCUCAGGCGCAGAAACCGAUGGGCCAUAUAAAGAUCGACCCUUUUGCAGCAAGUAUGUAUACAACCGCUACAGCGUGGCAGCACUCCACAAUGGAGGAUCUACAAGUUCUAACAGAUACACAAAUAAAACAGACCGGCCCUUUCGCGGCCAAGUCAGCCCAACAAGCAGCUCCCCCGGAUCCCGAGCACACUCGCCCGCCACACCACAAGACGGUCAACCACUCCGAACACCGCUUCAUCACGGCUCACUCUCACCGAACCCACAACCCCGGAGUCAUCAUCAGCCUAGGAAGGAUUCUUCGUCAUCUCCAAGCUAUAAUAUAGAAUCGCCCUUUGCCCUUUUUAAACCGGCAAACGUUUCCCCGGUGAGCCCAUGCACACCGCCGGGCGCCGCGGCGACCACUAGUAGUUUUUAUCCUAACUGUGACCUGUAUGCCCCGGUUUCCCCACUGUCCGAUGGCAGCAGGGCCGUGGCGGUGCGGAUGAACAACAUCGCGCCUGGCCCGUUCGGAGUAGGUUCUGGUAACUCUAGCAGGGAGCGGACACCUGAAAUGGCAUCGUUUGCUGGGAAUCCUUUAGAGAAAAGGCCGGGUAGGGCGCCGAAGGGUAGGGAUUCAGAGACGCUGCCUGCUGUCGCGGCUUCAUUUCCAGAUAAGGAGGAAGUAGGGGCCAGGCGUAAACGAACUCCUACCGGCGGUCAUUCCAUGGACUCGCAAACUAUGGGAAGGAGUCGAGAGGCUGGGAGGGAAUCAUGGGAGCACGGGAAGGAGAGGGAACAAAGGCAAACUUCCAACGCUGAACGACCAGCCAGACCCCCAUCACGACAUGGAAGGUCAAAAUCACCAGGAGGGGCAGAGGCGAGGAUACGUAGAAAGGAGCAUAAUCUCCCUCGAGUCCCUUCACCCCCCCCUCACAGCGCCCCGAGGAGAAAGGGGGGGGGAUCACCAGUGGACCCAGUAUCUCCAUACACCCAUCGUUCUAUGAAGUCAGAAACUGCACCGUCAAUUCCCAAAAUGAAUGCUUUGAGAUUGGACACAAGAUCGCACACGUUUCCCGUCAAGAGCGAUUCUAAGUCACCCGGUGGCAGGCAGCCCCCGCAUCCCGGAUUGGGAUUGCCCAGGUCUCCUUCCGUAACGGUGAAGAACCAUAGACGGAACAAGUCUUCGGCAAAUAUGGCUAAAGGACUUCCGCCUCCGCCAGAGGACAACUUACCACCUCCGCUGCCAACAAAAGACCAACCAGUCCGACGACAGCCCUCUGUUGGAGUCAACACAAUGUCAUCUGGUGGAUUGGAUAGACGGUCCGGCUCCAAGCCCCCAACACUGCACCGACUAUCUCCACCAAGAGCAGACGAAUACAGCCACUAUUCGUUAGGAAAUCCCUAUAAUCUGGAACCUCCAGCAGGACAAUCCACGUCCCACAUUCCAAGCCCCUCCAUGUCAAGCAAUGCUUCCUCCAUCUUCUCCCGCAAUUCCAAGAGCUCCCACAGUUCCGUGUCCAGUCCGCCAAUCCCCGAGACCACCCAAGUCCCCAAACUCCCCCCCAAACCCUCACGGGGGAGCCGUGGCCGGUCAAAAGACAGCAAUGGGCUGAGCGACAUUGACGGCUUGAUGAAAGAACUGCAAAGCUCAAUGCAAGGACUCCAACCCAGCACCGUGAAGCCAAAACACCCAAUCGAAGACCGGCCCCGAGAUAAACCUCGAAUUUCAUCCCACGAGCGAGCAGCGCCCCCGCCAUUGAAACCCCACCACCCCCACCCCCGCCAACCCUCGUCAUCAGCAUCCCCAAUCGACUACGAAAAACCCCUCCCCGUCCCCGACCUACCACUACCCUCACCGCCGCCUCCAAAGGACAAGAAUCCGCGAGCCCUUCCGCCCGCACCAUCCCAAUCGCCACCGAGGACCCAACCACCGGCAGUCGAACCCGCACCGGCGCCCAUAAAAAGGCGAGCAACCACAUUAAAAGGCAACUGCAGGGGCUGCGGCAAAGCCAUAGUCGGAAAAUCCGUCUCCUCCGCCGAUGGGCGACUAACGGGCCGGUACCACAAAGCCUGCUUCGUCUGCAAGGGCUGCCGAGAACCGUUCCAGUCGGCCGAGUUCUACGUAUUGGAUAAUUCGCCCUAUUGCCAUCGAGACUACCACAAGCUGAACCAUUCACUGUGCCCCUCCUGCGAUAGGGGGAUCGAGGGGCCGUGCUUGGAGACGGCGACGAACGAGAGGUUUCACCCGAAUUGUUUCAGAUGUUAUGUAUGUUUCCCCCCUCCUGCGAUAUUUGAAUGCUUACGGGUGUAUGUGUGUGGGGGAGAACGUGGACUAAUUUUGCACAGGACUGCCGAUGCGAACUCAGCGGUGAUUACUUUGACUUCAACGGACGACCAUAUUGCGAACGACAUGCUCUCCGGACAAUGCGGGGGAUGCAAAGCGGGAGCGGGAACGGGAACGGGAAUGGGAAUGAGAACGGGAACCUGAGUGUGAACAAGAGUCCGGCGAGCAUGGAGCGGAGGAGGACAAGGCUGGCGUUCAUGUGAACUCCCUCAACUCAAUUCAUACACGACGAUUACCGUAAAACGGAAAAGGAAAGAAGGAAAGAAAAUCCAGACGCAGGAGAUGUCUGAACGAAGUAAAGCGAAACACAAUCUUUGACAUAAUCUGCCCCUCUUCCUCUUCUUCUCUUCCUUCCCAUCGCAACAUUAACCUCCCCCCCGUGCCUAACUUUCAUCAUCACAAAUAACUUUUAUAUCAUACCAUUUCUCAAUUUCCUUUCUGCCAACUAGAACUAAGGCAGGGCAGGGCAGUCAGGCAUCCAUUCACAAGGCACCAUAACAGUAUCAUAUCAUAGCAUCCUUAAUUUCUUUUCAUUCCCAUUUUUCAAACGGAACGGUGAACACGGAACGGAGCAAACCAUGUUUUUUUUUUUACUAUUAUUAUUAUUCCCCCCCACCUUUCCUCCACUCAUUUCAUUCCCUUCUUGUACAAUACUUGUCAACAAAUAUUACAUUUUCAUUCAUUGAUUCAUUCAUCCAUUCCCCUUCUUUAAACAACCAACAUCGCAUAUCCCUCUCACUGCACCAUACCACACACGCACAGCCAUGACAUACCGGUAUCAUAAUAUUAUCAUAUCAUACCAUCGCAGCAAUCAAUCAAUAAAUCAAUAAUUCCCCCCACCCACCCACCACAACUGUGACCCAUGUAUCACAAGCGGGGCGCGGGCAACCCCUGCCGGAACCAAACCAAACCAAACCAAACCAAACCCUACCGUACCCGUACUCGAGUACAGUACAGCGCCUCAGCCCUGCCACCGCCGCUGCACUCACUCACCAUACGAGACGUCAUAAGUAGUAAAACCGUUCCUGCAUGCAAAAACCGUGUUUCAGGAGGCGCCAGGAUAUAUCCGGCACUGUAGGGUAAGUUAACGGUAAAAUCUCACGGAUAAACAUGGCGGUAUCAAAAUACAAUAUCAUAGCCUCCAACGACGCGAGCGCGCGGAUAACAUCUUGGCCUCUGCUCCACGGUACUGUACUGUACAAGUACUCGUACAGUAUGGUAACCGUUCCUAUCGGGUCGCGCGACCAUUUACCCAUCGUACUCGUAGUCUGUCUGCCUGUCGGCGGGGUGUGGCGUGGGUGUACUGUACGAGUACAGUACUGCACCGGUUAUAUAGUACGUAUACGAUAUUCGCAUGGUCCAGGCUGUACUCGUACGAUGGGCGCUUGGGCGUUGUCCUGUCCUGUCCUGUCUUGACGCUUAGUGCAGAGUGCGCAGUGGGCAGUGAUGGAGAAAUUGAAAAGGAUUUGAAUCCCCGCGCCGGGUUUUAGA